AUGAACAAACUGCAGAGACUGCUUCAGAGCAAGAUUCUGAUCCUGACAAUAUGUGCUGCUAGGAUUGGAGGCACUUUCCAAUAUGGUUACAACAUCUCCAUCAUCAGUGCUCCAACCAGUUACAUCCAGAUAUUCAUGAACGAGACCUGGCUGGAGCACACAGGCGUUCCCCUUGAGAACAAGGCGAUACUAUUGCUGUGAUCUUCUACUGUCCCUGCGUACCCUCUGGGAGGACUCACUGGGGCUGUUGCUGCUGGUCCCAAGCCCAUCAUGUCGGGAAGGAAGACGCCCCUGCUGCUGAGCAAUGUCUUUGUGAUCAUAGCCACAGUCUUGUCAGGAUUCAGUCGAAUGGCAAAAUCCUUUGAAAUGAUCGUGCUCAGCAGAUUUUUUACUGGCAUGAAUGCGGGUAUAAGCAUGAACAUUCAGCCCAUAUAUCUGUCGCCAAGUGCUCCAAAGCUCAGAGGAGCUGUGGCUUUGACCUCUGCACCAUUUACAGCCCUGGAAUUGGUGCUGGGGCAGGUUGUUGGAUUCAGUCAGCUACUAGGAGGGGAGGAGAGCCAGCUAUUCCUUUUAGCUCGCAAUGUGGUGCCUGCCCUGAUCCAGCUCACAGCUCUGCCUCAGUUCCCUGAAAGUCCCAGAUACCUCUUGUCUGACCAUGGAGAUGAAGAAUUCUGCAUCUCUUCACUGCAGAAGCUCAGAGGCACCAGUGACCUGAGUGCAGAGCGAGAGAUGCUGGCUGAACAGGCUGCUGGUAAAGGUCAGAGAGCAAAGAACACUUGGGAGCUCUUCCAAAAUCUAGCUUUGACGUGGCAGCUGGUGAGUAUCAUUGUGCUGAGCAGUCCCAUGCAGAAUGAUUCGAUGUAUUCUUAUGCAGCUUAUGUAUUCCAAGACACUGGAAUUCCUCAGGACAAAAUCCCUUAUGUUAUAAUCAGCACAGGGAGCUGUGAACUGAUCAUGUCUGUCACUUGUAACAUGUUCAUAGACUGCGCUGGUUGGAGGGCACUGCUCCUAAGGGGAUAUAUCUUCAUGACAGGAUGGGCCGUUGUCUUCAUUGUCGCUCUGAGCCAGCAGACUCAGAUUAGCUGGAUGCCUUAUCUCAGCAUGGCCUGCAUUUUCGCCUACAUUCUGAGCUUUGGAAUCGGUCCAGCUGGUGUAACAGGAAUUCUGCACACACAGGUUUUUGAUCAAAUGUCCCGGCCAGCUACUUACAUGAUUUGUGGCUCUGUGCUCUGGUUCAACCUAUUUCUUGUUGGAACAGCCUUUCCAUUCAUUGUGAAAAGUCUAGCACAUUUCUGCUAUGUCCCAUUGCUUGUGGUCUGUGUCUGCACUGCACUGCACACUACAUUGUUUUCAUUCCCGGAGACAAAAGGAAAGUCCUUCCUGGAAAUCUCAGAGUUCAAGGAAAGGAACUUCAAAGCUCAGACCCAUGUGUGUUUUUUAAAAGGUCCUGAAGAGAUCUAAUCCACCAUGCUGUAG